GGGAGGGAGAGAGAGAGAAGGAACUGCGGGAGGAAAAAAAAAGUUGAAGUGAAAAUGGCUUCCUUGUCUUUGGAGUCUACAGAACAAUCCGAGAGCGGUCCAGACGAGCCAUCGGCAACGGAGUCCAAAGAAGAGGAAGAUCCGGUGCAAAUUUCCGAACGAUUAUUACAAAGUUUCCAAAAGUCGGCUUUGAGUUUUUCCACCGACCAAGUAUCAUGCCUCUGCGAGGCCCUUUUGCAGGCGGGCAAUGUGGAUCGCCUGUGGAGAUUUCUAUCCACCAUACCUCCUCCGUCCGAGCUGCUACGUGGCAACGAGACCAUGCUGAAGGCCCAGGCACUGGUGGCCUUCCACCGGGACGAAUUCAAGGAGCUGUACGCCAUCCUGGAGAGCCACGACUUCCACCCGUCUAACCAUGGGUUCCUGCAGGACCUGUACCUGAAAGCCCGCUACAAGGAGGCGGAGCGGUCCCGGGGCCGCAGCCUGGGCGCAGUGGACAAGUACCGGCUCAGGAAGAAGUUCCCCCUGCCCAAAACCAUCUGGGACGGAGAGGAGACCGUGUACUGCUUCAAGGAGAAAUCCCGGAAUGCCUUGAAGGAUUGCUACAAGAGCAACAGGUACCCGACUCCGGACGAGAAGAAGAACCUGGCUAAUGUCUCCGGACUGUCCCUGACGCAGGUCAGCAACUGGUUCAAGAACCGUAGGCAGAGGGACAGGACCCCGUCCGGGACCCACAGCAAAAGCGAGUCCGACGGGAACCACAGCACCGAGGACGAGGCGAGCCCCAUGGACGACGGCCCGGACAAACCAGAGGAGGCUGCCGGCUCCACGGCCUCCAUCAUCUCCCUCUCUGCCCUCCCCUGCGGCGCGGGAGGCCAGCUCAUCCUCAACGGGUCCGGUGGCUUCCUCACAGCGCCUCAGUCGUUACUCCUUAACGGAAAUUCCCUGCUCUCCGGUACCGGCGCCGGUGUCAUCAUUAAUGGGCUGAGCUUGGGCGAUUGCCAGACAGUCACGCUGAGUCCCGUUGCGACCAACUCCCCGUUGAUGCUGAACGGGGCUCCGGUAAGAACCAAGCCCGGCGUCGGUGGGCAGCAGCAAGCACUUUCCGUGGCGCCGCAGGAGCUUUCGGCCGUGGAGGCCAAGUCCAGCAGCCUUCCGGCAGUUGUCCUCGGCGGGAACACCGCGUCGGUCUCGAACCCUCCGUCCGUCAUCUCGCUUACCCAGCCAACCAGAACAGACGGCGGCGACGCGACGGAUUACAUCAGCGUCCCCGAGGGCCGGACGGUAUCUCCGUCUUCUUCUUUAUCCCCUUCCUCACCGACUCUGUCCUCCCCAACCAUGCUCUCCUCUCUAGUCUUAACACAAAACAACCAAUGCCAGGAGUCGCUCACCCUCCCGGCCUCCAUGUCAUCCGCGGGCAUGUUGCUCUCCGGGACUUCUGUGCCGCUCUCCGGUCCACACGGGGAGUACGUUGUAUUCGCCACCGGUGGCUCUCACUUAAACCCUUCUAGCUCGGUCGUCCCCUCCAGUAACUCCACCCCUCAGGUCUUCUCUCUGCCCCAGGUCGUGCCUUCCAUCCAGGGUGUACCGGUCUCCCAGCUGGUCCAGCACUCCUCAGGGGCCCAGGUGUCCCAGUGUCCUCAGUUGGUCCCACUAUCACCCCUCGCCUCGUCUGCACCUCACUUCCAAAACCAGACGGCGAACACGAGCACUAGACUGGUGCAACAGCUGCAGGAUUCGCCAACAACUUUGCCUGAAGGCGCCACGACUAUAUUCUCAAUCUCACAGCUCAACAACCACCAGCUCCUGCAGCGAAUGGUUCACCCGCCGGGGGACCAAAGCACAAACUCCACACCCAGUAAAAUGCAGGUCCCACAGGUCAUUUCCAUCUCAUCCCCGACACAAGUGGUCUCAGUGCCCCAGAACAAAGGCAACACAGCAGCGCAGUUAGUCCCGCUCUCCAUGCCUCAGCUGGUGCCCGUCUCCUCCAUCCAAACUUCAUCCAGCAUCUCUUUCCCCCAAGUGGUACCAGCCAGUCCUUCUCUCUCCAUGUCCUCUGCUGGAGUGCCCUUACAGAUCCUGACCUCAUCUCCUGCAGGGGUCUCACAGGCUCCUCUCAGAAUAAACCAGUUGAGACCCAUUCAGAGUGUGGGUCCCCAAACCAUUGGGGCCCCUGGUAUGCAGCUCCUCAACUCUGGGAUCAUUCAGCUGCCAUCUCCUCCAGGCAACCUCCUCCUCGGCGGGAGCCCCUACCUGAGCGUCCAGCAAGGCAAGCUGAUCCUCACCAUUCCAGCGGGCAUCCAGCUCGCCGGUUUGAAGCCAGUCUUCGAGGCUUCGCCCGUCUCUACUAAUGGACUGAGUCACCUCCUCACCUCCUCCGCCCUCCCUGCGGCCUCGAGCACCUCGGGGCCGACCCCCGGCGGCCUCACGUCCUCCCCCCUGAGCCUAAUCGCCCCGUCUCCAGCGUACUGUGCCCCGGAGACGGGCAUCCCUGCCGUCCCCUCCCCUCUCGCGCUGGACCACUCAACCACCCCCACGACACCAAACACUCUGAUGCCAGAGAGUCUGCUUACCCUGAGUCCCAUGUACGGCGGGGUGACGCCCAGCACCCAGCCAGCCUGGAGCCCCGUUCCCCUCUCCACUUCGGCGAGUCUAACUCUGUUCGAUGCCCGCGGCAAGGGGGACCUCCCCGUGGACCCGGCUCUGUUAGGUCUACCCGGAGGAGAGUCGCUGCUUCUGGGAAGCCCCUCGCCGGACGCCAGCUCGGCACUUGGUAAUCCGGAGGAGCUGGACGGGGACUCCAAGAUUCUCACUCAGCUCCAGUCUGUCCCCGUGGACGAGGACCUCGGCUUGUAGUCCUUCUAACCGGCUGCUCGCGCAACCCGGCUGUCUGCAAAAACAGUGAAGCAACACAGCAGGUUGCAGAGUCCAGCAACGUCCGCCAGAUGAUGGCCCUCGUCGUCCAACCUCAAGGAGCCAAAUGAGUUCUCAGCAGCACUAUUUCACAUGGAUUUGUUUUUCUGUAUGUGCCUUAUCAAUGCAGAAAGGAGAACUAACACAGAUUAGUGGUGUUAAAAAAAAGAAAAGGAAAGGAAAAGACUAUCCUAUGCAAGGCGUCAGCUCUUCUUCAGACCAAGUUCAGCUGUACUUGGGAACAAUGACUUGUGUGGUUUUUGCUGGCCUGGAAAGGGGCUCUUUGCGGAUCGAGCAAAGAAACUAAACACCGGACUGUCGGGCAAAGCCAUUGGAUCUAGAAAUAGUUGAGUAUAGCUUUGUCUGCCCAGAGCUCAGAGAUUCGGUACGUAUUCUGCCAGGAAACACUCCAGGAAUGUAGUGAAGAUUAUGUUCCUCACAAACAGAAUCGCAGCGUGGUCAUUGGCGUUUGAUGGCGUAGCUUCAGGGGCUAUGCAGCAGUACUUUAUUACUACAGGUUACUGAAGUCUGGGCUCAAACAGGAUUCAAAUCGAUAAACUGUUUUUAAAGGACUUUAUGCAGUUUUCAAGUGAGAAGGCUGCACUCCAUUGGUAAAAGUGUAACACAGGGAAUAAAGGGUCUAUACUCUAUGCAAUGCAUGUUUAGUUCUUCAUAGGACUCUUUGUGACACAAUGGCUGAGUUCAUAAGCCAGAACUCGUGGGAGAUGAGAGAGAUUUGAAAUACUGAACAUUUAAAUGAAGCAUGACACCAAAGCAUUUGCUGUGAUCCCACUUUGUGAUAUUUUUUGUCGAAUCCAUCCAAAAUUUGUUAAUAUCGAUAAGUGCCUUAUUUUGAAGCUUAGGGGUUUGUUGUUUUUGAUAUGAAUUGUUUUGACUUUGUACACCGUUUUUUUUUUUUUUUACAAGUGCUAUACAACCAAAUUUUAGGAUUCAUGUGGUGGCUUUUUUCCAAAUACUCACAUUUGCUUGUCUGUUUGAUCGCCAGAUAUCCUCUAUUUGUAUAUUUUGCACCUUUCAUUCACAGAAUGUUUACGGCGCUGCUGUGUUGUUAUUACAGUGGUUGGAUUCAUAUUCUCUUUCGAAAGCUCUUAUAUACAUUUUCCUUAAAUUGGACUACAAAUCAUCCUGAAAUCUGUCGCAGAUUGACGGAACAGCUUCCUCAAUUAAACCAUAGAAAUGCUCAUCAUGGUUUAGCUCUCCACUGUCUAAACACAGGUAGUGGUCAGACCGUUGGCUACUUAUGGUACACCAAAAUACACUUCAGUGCCGCAUCUAGUUACAAUAAUGACCUUUGGGUUGUUGUUUUCUUUUUGUUGUUUGUCUUUUUUGUACAUUUAAUCUAUUUAAAGCAUGUAUCAAUCAGUGAGAAAGUGAGUCCUUGUGAGAUGAUGCAGAUAGGAAAUGAUAUUCAUUUUGACUUGGAAUGCCACAUCGUUGUGCAAACUGAGGUUCUACAAUCUUAGCAAGCAUGUAGUCAUCAUGUCUUUUUGAUGGCAAUACACUAGGUUACUCCCCGUUAAUACAUUUUCAGGCUAUUUGCUCUUAAUGGGCUUUGAGUAGAUUGUUGAGUGGCUUGGACGAAUCCGAUUGUCUGAAUAUAAAUUACAUUUAAAUGAAUAGUUAGGGGUAAAAGGAAGCGUUUCCUAUAAUAUAAAAUAUGGUAACCUGCAUUUCUUCAUGAGCCAUGUCUACAAUUCCAAAGUAUUUUGACAAUAAAGCCUCAAUGGGCGUAUGCGCAUCUGUAUCUGUAUAUGGCUCCACAUUUUACCAAAGAUAAUGUAUUUUGAUCGAUCUUUUGAUAUUUGUGAAAGGGAAAGUUUGUGUCCGUCAUUCAAGAUUCUUGUUAUUCUCGUUUUUUGUAUCCAAAUGCAUUCUAUUUUUUAUAUUUCAUAAUAUUGCAAUAAACUACAUUUACAGAAAA